GGUACUUCAACAAGUUUUGGGCUUGAGUUUUUUCAAAUAUAACUGAAACUACACUAUGACCCAUGCUUUAAAGUGCAGAAGUAUUGUUUAACAAAAUCUAAUUUACAAUAUCAAUAAACCUUAACAUUUUUUAUAAGUAUUUUUUUUAUUUUAGUGUAUUUUAAAACUAUAUAAUUAUAUUAUUUUAUAUUUAUAUAAAAUAAAAUAAAAAAUUAUUUUUAAUUCAAACUGUUUCAUUACAGAGUUUUAAUUAACAAAUUGUAAUUUGUUUAAUUAAAUUUGUGAUAUAUACUUAUUUGAUAAAAUUUUAGUUAUAAAACUUAUUUGAUGUUAAUUUAUUGACUAUAACAUUUUAUUUGUGUAAAACUAUUUGAUGUCAACAUAAACCAAACAUAAUCUCGCAUAUAUAAUUAUAUGUUCUUAAGAAUAAAAACAGUUUAAGAAUAAGAAUCUAAUAUUUAUUAAGUUUAAAGGGAUGCAAUUUUUUGUUUUAUGAAAAUACAAACAAAAUAAUCUAUUAAUUUAAUUAGUUUUAUAUUAAAUGAUUUUUUGUAGCAUUUAAACACACAAAAUAGUUAAACUUAUUUUCAACUUUUUAUAAAAUAUUUGAGUGGUUUUAAAUCAAAUAAUAUAAAAAAGAUAAAUAAAAGGUUAUUAAAAAAGUAUGACAUAAUAUUUUAUAUUGUUUGGACACAAGAUUGGUUAGUGUGUUGUUUGGAAAUACAUUUAGUAGUAUAAUGUUAUUUUCCAUAAUUAGAAAAGUGAAUUUAACUAUAUAGUACAAGAGUGUAUUUAAUUUAAAAAUUUACAAAAAGGCUGGAUCCAUGAAAAUGAUUUUUUUUUAAUAAAAGGGAUAUCUGAACCUUUUAAAAUAUUAAAUAACAUAUAUAAUAUCAAUUCAUCUCAGCUUUUUUGUCCGAACUUAUUUUUAUAUCCGAAUGAACAUAAAUAUCUGAAAAUAAGCAAAUUUCAAACAACCAAGAUUCAGCAAAAAAAUACAUUUUGUUUAGGCUUAACAAAAGUAUAUAUAUUUGAAGAUAACCUUCUAUAUAAUAUCGGAUAUCAAUAUCGAAUAUUACCCUUUGAGGUUCGAAUAUCCAAUUUCUUAACUCUCUUUGUAUCGGGUUUGAGUUCGAGUUUUUGGGAUCAGAUUUCUGUUCGAAUAUCAGGUUUGAAUAUUAUGCCAGCCCUAUCUCUAAACAUCACAAUACUACUACUACAAUCAUCUACAACUUUCAGAUUGUACUGGUCCUACUUAUCUAAUGCGAUGAACUUGGAUUAAGUACAAAGCAGAUGCUUUUUUCUUUUCUUGUAUUAUAAAUAUCACUUCCUCUUCUACAGUGACAUUUACUCUGUUCUUUAUCACUGCAACUCGAAAAGAGAAGAAGAAGAUGAUGAUGAUGAUGAUGAAUGGAGCUACAGAAGCUGAGCUUUUACUCAACUGUACCAACAUGUCGUUCUUACAGCUCCAAAGGGAUCACCUAAGAUACCACCACCAUCCCGGCUUCUUCUCCAACUUUUCGACUAUUAACGGCGGCGGCUUUCUGGCGACAACCGGUUUGAAUAUUCCGGAUAUUUACAGGGAGAAGACGACGGAGAGUGAUGCCAUACUCUCAAUGUCGCCGGAAAAUAUAACAACUUCUGCGACGUUUGUGUCUGAAAAUCUCAAGAAAAGGAAGCUUGAUGACGUCGUUACAGAGACUAAGGUUUGUGAUGAGAAGAGGAUGAUGAUGAGGAAUAAAGCCAAGAAAGAAGAAAACAAUUUUUCUAACGAUUCAUCAAAAGUGACGAAGGGAUCGCAGAAAAGGGAUUAUAUCCAUGUUCGUGCACGUAGAGGACAAGCCACUGAUAGCCACAGCAUUGCAGAACGAGCUAGAAGAGAAAAGAUCAGCGAGAGAAUGAAGUAUCUUCAAGCUUUAGUUCCUGGAUGUGACAAGAUCACAAGCAAAGCAGGGAAGCUUGAUGAGAUCAUUAACUAUGUUCUGUCCCUUCAGACACAGGUCGAGUUCUUAUCGAUGAAACUAGCAGCUCUGAAUUCAAGGUUGGAUUUCCAUAUAGAUGAAAUGGUUAAUUCCGUUUAUCCUCAUGAAAUAGUUAGUACCGGUUAUCUUCAUUUCAAUCCAAUGCAACAAGUGAUUACCAGUUCUGAUCCACCACUGCAAUGUUUCAACAAUGGUCAAGCACCUUCGAUGUGGGAACCUGAUGUGCAGAGUCUUUAUAGCUCUCUAGGAGUUUGAUUAUAAAAAAAAAACAACCUUACCGUUAAUGAUUAGAUGGCAUAUUUUGUGGGUUUAUGGUUUAGGACAAUUACAAAUAUAUAUCCCAAUUGAUUCAAAAUUUACAGAUAUAAAGAUUUCAUUUGCAGGUUCUCUGGACAGAGACAACUUAUUUUUCAAGGGGGCAAUUUUUUAUUUGAGAAGAGUAUAUAAGAAUAUUGUGUGUGUGUGUGUUUUUUUUUGAAACUUUUUUUUUUGAAAUACCUAAGAUUAUUGCGUGUAUAGAUGCAAAACAGUAAUAUAAUUUAUCAUAAGGUGCAAGCAAUCUUUUAAUGAAGCAUUAGGCUAUUUCAUGUGUAAGAGAAAUUUGCAUCCAAGAUCCAACAUUAGCAAUAUUAAAAGGACUUAGGGCAUCUCUAAUGAAACAUUAUUUUUUUUUAUCUAUAUUGUUUUUUAGAAUAGAGCAAUUUUAUUGUAGAUUUGUUGUAGUGGUAUGUCUUUAUAAUAGAAGAAAAUAUAAAUGGAUAAAAUGGUAACAUCCCUCUAUAUUCUACACUGCAGUAGAAUAGAAUUACACCAUUGGAAAAAUCCUAUAUAAUAGAUUUACACUAUUUUAAAA